AGAUUUUUUUUUUCUUUUUUUCCUCAUAGAUAUAUCAAAGAACUUUUCAUUCUACUGGACAAACUAUGAAGUAUUCUGAAACUAUAUAAUAUCCAAACAUAUAUGAAUAAUAUAUACACCCAUGAUUAUGGUCGUGCACUAUGGACAAAAUCGUAAAACAGCAAAGAUAAGAAUCCAUCUAGACUCUUGAUAAAAAGCAAUCGAAUAUUCAUGAUACACCCAGAGAUUUACUAUAAAUACAUAUCAACACUUACCUUAGUCCUCUGUCUCUGGUUCUAAAUAAAUCUACAGACUCCAGUCUUGCCCUAACGAAAAAAUGUCGUUCCCUGGCCGAGAAGUGGAAGUGACCAUCUCAUCAGCAAAGAACAUCAAGAACGUGAACUGGCGCAACGGUCCAAACAAGCCAUACGCCGUCGUGUGGAUCGAUCCCAAGUACAAAUUCUCCACCAGAGUCGACGAAGAGGAGGACACGUCUCCCUCGUGGAACCAGACAUUUGUCAUCCCUUUGCCUCCGGGCAACGAUGGCGAGGAUGAGAAGGUCUACGUGGACAUCGUGCACGCGGGAGGCGAAGAGGACACAAAGCCACUCAUCGGCUCCGCUCAUCUCAGCCUCCGUGACGUCAUCGACGACGUUGGCUUCGGCGUCCCCCUGGAGAAAACCCUCAAACUCAAACGCCCCUCCGGCAGACCUCACGGCAAGCUCGAUGUCACCGUCACCGUCAGAGAGCCUCGGUAUCAACCCGCUCCGGGAUCUUACCACGCGCCGCCGUACGGUUACACUCACGCGCCACCUCAACCUGUUUACGGUGAACCAUACACUCACGCGCCUCCGCAACCUGUUUACGGUGAUCCGUACGCGCCGCCGCAGCCGUACGGAAACGCUACGUACGGGCAGUCGGGGUAUAGUUAUACGGAGGAGAAAAAGAAAGGGAGCAAGUUCGGUGGGAUGGGGACGGGACUGGCGGUUGGGGCGGUGGCCGGAGUUCUUGGUGGGGUUGCGUUAGUGGAGGGAUUGGAUGCGGUGGAGGACGACAUCGCUGAGGAAGCUGCGGAGGAUGUGGAGGAUGAUGACGCCGGAGACGACGAGGACGACUUUUAAUCCUGCUGUUUAAUCAUAACUAAUUACUCCAUCUUUGCCGACAAAUCCUCGUUGAUUGUCGACAUUUCUCAGUUUGUCAAAACUAUUAAUAAUCCGUCUGUAAAAUAAUGGAAAAAAUACCACUUGAGCUA